UCUCCAGCCUGCGCGCAGUUCCUCUCUGCUGCUCUUUUUCUUUUCCAUUUAUUUUCCUCCUCACUCAGUGGCUCUGUUGCCUCCCCGGUUGGUUACUACUCUGUGUUUUUGCAUGGGGGAUCUGGACGCCAAGAUGAUGCGCUUUUUUGAGGGGCAGACGCUCAAAGUUGUCUCUUCGCCCGGUGCGGGUUUGUUUUAAGUGGAUACAUGUUGUACGGGUUGGAAUGAACAAUGGUGCGGCUCCUUGGUGCACUGGCCGGGGGCAUGCUCUGGUUUCGGCUGCUGUUGCUGUGCGUCGUGGAGCUGGGAGCCGGGCUUUCUACUUUCCAGGGUUUCUAUCUUCCACCUGCGAGCGGGUCGCUCCUCACACCUGCCCGGAGGACGGACGGGGUGGUGCGGACCAUUGACCGGAUUUACCACGGAGGUGGAAAGGUCGGCUACCUGGUGUACCUAAAUGGGAGCCGGUUUCAGCUGGACAUGGAGCGGGAUGAGUCGGUGAUGUCGCAUCACUUCAGCCCCCAGUAUAUGCUCGCAGUGAUGGGGCAGAGCCCCGCGCCUUUGCAGCGGGAGUGCGCGUACCGCGGGACAGUGAACUCCAACCCGGAGUCUCUGGCUGUCUUCAACCUCUGCGGAGGGGGUCUCGAGGGCUUCUUCGCGGUGGACCACGCGCGCUACAUAAUCACGCCUAUCAUCAGGGCGAAGGGACACGAGCACGACGCGCGCGCCCUGCAGGACAAGGAUGCCGACAGCGCGCUCCACGUGUUCACGCGCGAAAGUUUCAGCUUCGAGGCCAUGAGCGAGGGCCGAGAGAGCUGCGGGACGCGCGACGGGCGCAGAGGACGCAGGCACGCGGCCGGGAGACGCCGGCGCAGGGGUCGCGGGAAGGGGGUGGGAGACGGCGAGGAGGACGGCGCGGAUGAUCACGGCGCGCAAGGGCGGAGGCGGUGGAGCCGGCUCGCCGAGGCGCCCGCUCCAGAGCCUGGCGCGCGGCGCAAGAGGUCAGUCUCGCGCGCCAGGCACGUGGAGCUGCUCCUGGUGGCGGACGACACCAUGACCAAGAAAUACGGCAAGGACCUGAACCACUACUUGCUCACACUGGCCUCCAUCGCGUCCCGGCUGUACGGGCACGCCAGCAUCGAGAACCCCAUCCGGCUGUCGGUGGUGAAAGUGACCACGGUCAGCGAGAAGGAGAAGGGGCUGGAGGUGUCCAAGAACGCGGCGGCGACGCUGAAGAGCUUCUGCAAGUGGCAGAACCAGCAGAACCCGCUGGACGACGACCACCUGCACCACCACGACGCCGCCAUCCUCUUCACCAGGCAGGACCUCUGUGGCCACCACUCGUGCGACACCCUGGGCAUGGCGGACGUCGGCACCAUCUGCUCUCCGGAGAGGAGCUGCGCCGUCAUCGAGGACGACGGGCUUCACGCCGCCUUCACCGUCGCUCACGAGAUAGGUCACCUGCUCGGCUUGUCCCACGACGACUCCAAGUUCUGCGAGGAGCGGUUCGGCGUGAACAGCGACAAGCGGCUCAUGUCCUCCAUACUCACCUCCAUCGAUGCCUCCAAACCCUGGAGCCGCUGCACCUCCGCGACCAUCACCGACUUCUUCGAUGACGGCAAUGCUGAGUGUCUCCUCGACAUGCCUCGCCAGCCCCUCCUAGGCCCAGAGGAGCUCCCGGGCCAGAGCUACGACGCCGUCCGCCAGUGUCGACUCGCCUUCGGCCCCGAGUACACGGUCUGCCCGGGCAUGGACGUGUGCUCGAGGCUGUGGUGCGCCGUGAUUCGCCAGGGACAGAUGGUGUGCCUGACCAAGAAGCUGCCGGCCGUGGAGGGAACGCCCUGCGGGAAGGGACGCAUCUGCCUCCAGGGAAAGUGCGUGGACAAGACCCGCAAGAAGCUCUACUCGGCGUCCAACCACGGCAGCUGGAGCUCGUGGGGUUCUUGGGGCGCGUGCUCCAGGACCUGCGGAGGUGGGGUGCAGUUUGCCCAGCGUCUGUGCAACAACCCGCCACCACGGAACAACGGGCGCUACUGCACCGGGAAGAGAGCCAUCUAUCGGUCCUGCAACGUCACACCGUGCCCAGCGUCGAAUAAGACUUUCCGCCAGGAGCAGUGUGAGGUACGCAACGGCCCCCAGACAGACCCUAAAGGGGUGAAGACCUUCGUCGAGUGGGUGCCUAAGUACGCAGGAGUUCUCCCUAAAGAUGUGUGCAAGCUAACUUGCAGAGCCAAAGGAACUGGGUACUACGUGGUGUUCUCCCAAAGGGUGGUGGACGGGACGGAGUGUCGUCCCUACAGCAGCUCGGUGUGCGUGAAGGGGAAAUGUCUGCGGACGGGCUGCGACGGCAUCAUCGGUUCCAAGCUCCAGUUCGACAAGUGCGGCAUAUGCGGAGGCGACAGCACGGGAUGCGUACGCGUGGUGGGGAACUUCACGAAAAAGAGUAAGGGCUACACUGACGUAGUGAAGAUCCCCUCAGGCUCUACUCACAUCAAGGUUCGUCAGCACAAGGCCAAGGACCAGACCCGCUACACUGCCUACCUGGCCCUCCGACGGCCCAACGGCGAGUACCUCCUGAAUGGCAAGUUCAUGAUCUCCACCUCUGAGACAAUCAUCCCGCUCAACGGUUCGGUGCUCAACUACAGUGGCUGGAGCCAGAGGGACGAGUGGCUCCACAGCAUGGGCCCCGGAGCACUCCACGAAGCCUUGGUGAUCCAGAUUCUAGCUACAGAUGCUAAAAAACCCCUGGACGUUCGUUACAGCUUCUUCAUGCCUCGUGUGACAGCUCAGCAGCAGCAGCCAUCGGUACAAGUCAUCUCAAAUUCAAAGCUGACCCCUUUGCAGAGCACGACAACAGUGUCAACCACAACGAGAACCACCACCACCACUACCACCACCACUACCAGUAGCACUACUACGUCUUCCUCCACUCCCCAUGUUCUGGUCCCAGGGUCGCCUACAGCUCCAGGUCCCUCUACCCCAACCCCAGGUCCUCAGUGGGUAACGGGGCCUUGGAUGAUCUGCUCCAGGACUUGUGACACUGGCUGGCAGAGCCGGACAGUGCAGUGUAAAGACCAGGAUGGGAAACUGUCUAAAGGGUGUACGCUGAGCGCUCGCCCCUCUGCCUUCAAACACUGUCUGGUGAAGAAAUGUUGAGGCAGCAGGAGAUGACGUGAUCAGUUGGUAGACAGGAGUUGUUGUCAUCUGUACAUCUGAUAACGGUCUCAAGUGCUGGAUGUAGAACUAUGAACUGAUGACCAAUGGAAAUGAAGACGCAGAACCUUAACACGGACUACGAAUGUUUGUGAAUAGCGCUAGGACCUGACACAAAGGGACUCAGAGACAGAUUGGCAUGGACGUACCUGACUAUAUGCCAGAGGAAUGACUUGGGAUCAUAGUAGCUAUGCAGAACACAAGUAGAACGGAGUGCAGUUUCGAUAUUAAUGUGGCGACUAUCGCCCUGACAAAGCUAAGGACUUAAGUUGCAUGUCAUUUCUAUGUGGACGAUAAGUGAUUGUCCUUUCAGUCUCCAAACCUCGGAGGCCUAGUGUGUGUUGCCCUGUAAUGGCAUGCAUUUUGUGUCUUUUUGUGCUUCCAUGUGUUCUAAUCACUGUGGGGAUUUGAAAGUUUUCCUCUUUUGUCAUGAGUAUGUCCGAGACAAGAGCCCCAACCAUGGGAAGCACUCGUUGUUGAUGUUGUCAUUGUUUCUGCCCGUGUAGUAGCCCUGUACCACAGCCAUCAUACCAAAAUUCAAAAUCCCGGAUGAUCUCUUGUACCCCUAAUAAUUCUAUCACCAAGUGGCUCAUAAAAUUUGUUGGAAACACUGAGUCACUGGAUCAUCCAAAGCAAUUUUAGCAGCAAUGGCUACGUAACAAAUAGCUACUCUGACCAAGAAAGUCUCCUUUAAAUUCCAUUCCAUAAAUGGUGGCUGCCGAUCAGUAUUGCUUCCCGAAGACAUAUGGUCGAGAUGUCCAGGUUACCAGGAAGCUACAUAUGUAAUGACUCUGGAUCAGGGCGAUAAGAGUUUUGUGUCUUUGUGCUCUUCCUCCUCUCCGAGACAGCUCGGGAAGACACUUUACCGCAAAGACACAAAUAUCGAUUCUACUGAAUUUGAUAAUCAGUGUAGAAAAAGCUGCACCGAAUCAUUGGAAACCGACAAAGGUUAACCGUGACGCUCCUUAACAGUUUUUGAGGUUAACAAUGACUCACAGGUUUGGGGCAAUGCUUGAUUUUUAUGCCUGUGUAGUGUGUACGCGUGUCUUUGUAUGCAUGGGAUUUUUGUUGUCUCAGUGCCACUUGUAUCAAUCAUUAUGCUGGUGCUGGGUAAACAGUUUUUUGUGUGUGUGUGUGUUUGUGUUUGUUAAUAUCUGUUUGUUUCUCUGUUUAGGAAGCAAUGCUAAUAUGACAAUGUGUGCCCUGGAUACUCGCAACGACAGCAAGAGAAAUACUAAUUCAGUCAUUGUCCCUUUGCAAUUCAUCCCUUUCCUUUCCUUGUCGUCACUUGUCCCCUUCCUCGUUCUACGUUCCAAAUGCUCUUCGUACACUGAUGCGUGAGGUGAGCCAUAACACAAAAAUUCUCACGAGAUGGUUAAUUAGGACAAGAAUCAUUGUUACGCCUGGUGGUGGAUUUUUAAAGUACUCCCCCAAAAAUGUGUUUAUUUUUUUAAUAACCUUAGGUGGAAUUGCAAAUUCUGAAACAAGAAGUGCUUUUGGACAAUCUACAGAACAGCAGAAGAUUGCUGAUUAUUAUUUGCUUCCCAGCAAAAAAUUGCUGCCUUUUCUUGUUUGGCCAUUAAAUAUUAUCCUAAAUGUGUAUUGAUGCUAGGAUACAGAUUGAUAACUUUAGCAUAAAGCUAGCUUUCCUAGCAUCACCUCUACAGUCCACUGAUUAAAACACUAUUACUUUUUCUACAAAAAUCAGAGUUGUGAAAUGUACCAUUUCCUGUCUUAAUGCUAAGCUAAGCUAACAAGCUGCUACCUCCGGGCAUAUACGAGUGAGGUAUCAAUCUUCCCUACUCAUGCUGCACAAGAAGUCAAAUCAGUUCAUUUCUCUGAACGUUGAACUAUUUCCUUAAGCAAAAUAAAAAUUACUUUUUUUUAGAAAUUAUUAUUUUUUAAAUCCAUCUAUACAGAUGUAUUUUCAUUCCCAUGGUGUCAAACACUGCCAUUUCUUCAAAGCUGCCAGCAUUUCAGAGAGUCAUGCUUUUGUAUCAGUGCGGUGACAUACCCAGGUUUGCAGUGGAUUCCAGUGUUAGUCCUGCUGUUAGUGAGAAAAUGCUCCAAAUGAUUCAUAUGAAAAUGUGGGACCAUUAUUUUAUAUUUCAAGUUUUGUCUUAAGUUUUGUUGUUCACUCACUGUUACAUUUAGUAACCAAACAGAUUAUGAUUUGGGGAGUUGAAAAAGACCAAAUGUCUGGAGAGGAGCAACACUGGAAAGAAAAUCAUGAUCUCAUGGCCUCUAAUAUGGAAUAAUUUUCAAACUCGGAGCUGAAGGGCACCUCGUGUGCAACUGCUUUGACGAGAUAGCAGUGUGUUACAUCCUGGCAUCGUCUUUAACUUGAUAAUUUAAUCAAGGAUAUUGAUUAUGUGCAUCUGCCUUGAGACAAGGCUUCUUUUUCUGAAUGAAUUUCACCGAAGACAUUACCUCAGGUCAGGAAGUAAACUUAAUUGCACGCGUAACGGAUUUAAAAAAAUACCUUCCUGUAAUUGUGUUCAAAUCUGUUGCACCCUCGUUUUCCUGUGCGGCAAACCUCACCCAUCUCGUGUGAGAAACCCUUUCAGAUACUCCAUGACGUUGUACCACUCUCAUAACUCUCCCCCCUCCCCACUCCUCCCCGCCUUCCCCCGCACACAUUCAGACUUAUUUACACAAUGUAGACAUGUUUGUAAAAAUGAAUAGACCUUCCAUAUAUGUGUUAGUAUUCAACCAUAUUUAUUCAGAAGUGUAGACAUUGAAAACAAUCCAUCAUUUACAUAGUUAUUGCCUAUUUCAGACAGUCCACAGACACACACACUCAACCUACUCCGACUCUUCCAGCGGGUGGAAAAAACCUGCGUCUCGCUGAACGACAGAAACACAGCACUGAACUUGUAAUUUAUUGUUUGUACAACUGGUAUGUGUGAAUAAAGUAAAAACAAUGAGAGGAGUUUUAUUUAUUAUAGUAAUUUUGUACCAAAUUACUAUUUAACUUAGGAAUAUGACUGUGCAGAAGCAUUCCUUUGUAAGAAUAUAGUGUUUUCUUUUCUAGUCAUCCACAUGAAUAUAUGUAUAUAAAAUCUAUAUAUUUAAA